AACAUGUUGGUGGAGAAGGUGGAUCAGAUGAUGGAGUGGAGCUCCAGGCGUUCUGUGAUCCGGAUGAACGGCGAUAAGUUCCGGAGGUUCGUCAAGGCCCCGCCCCGGAACUACUCGGUCAUCGUGAUGUUCACUGCGCUGCAGCCACAGAGGCAGUGCUCCGUCUGCAGACAAGCUAACGAGGAGUACCAGGUGCUGGCUAACUCCUGGCGCUACUCUUCAGCUUUCUGUAACAAACUCUUCUUCACCGUGGUGGACUAUGAUGAGGGGGGACGUCUUUCAGCAG